AUGGCUCAAAGGGUACAAAGGCCACUUAAAGCUUUCUUUAUAACGAAUUUUAAACCAACACUUGAAGAAGCUCGAAAGGUUUAUUCAUUUUUUGCAUCAAAAGGAGAAUUAAUCGAAUUCAAAUUUGCCAGGGAUCCUGAAAUAAAAAAAAUUAAAAAUUUUGGUUGGAUGAGUUAUAAAGAUAAUAAAAUUACAGAGGAAUUAUUUGAGAAUUGGUUUAAAAUUGAACCAUAUAACACGGAAGUGAUUGUACAACGGGCGGAUAAAGAAGCUAAAAAAAGUAUCACCAAACCACCAAGGGCCUCGAGGUUUAGCUUUUUUGAAGGUUUCCACCUCAAAGAUGAUGCUCCAUCAUCAUCUCCGGUACUUGAUCAAAUUAACUAUAAAUUCACUUCAACAAGUGACAAUAACGAUAAAUCACAAUUACAUUCGUCAGAUACGGGACAGGAAAAUGGAAAUAUUAUUAUAGAAGAAAAAACAAACGCCUAUAGUGUUGUUAAUAAUGAAAGUAAUGCUGAUGCUGCUCAGAAUCCAAGUGAUAAUGUGUGA